CUUUUGCCGCUGGAGCGUUGAUCGGAGCCAGAGGGGGAAACGUCAACGUCCUGGACCCAGGGAGCCGUCUCGAACCCGCACACAGUUCCGAGGCUUAAGUGGCCGUUACUUAGGAGACGGGGGAGCAGGCGGACUGAUCUUGUAGCUCGCAGCUGCCCUAGCCGUAUGUGAUCGCCCUUCCUGGUCCGGACACCGCCAGCGAGGGCCAAGCAACAACAUAGCAUAUCGCCAUUAUAUGACCCAGUGUCCAGCGUCACUUUUACCCUCCAUGUGGGUGAGGGAGCUGUGUGUGUCAGAUUAUGGCGAGAAAAACAGUUAGCAGGAAAAGGAAGGCAGGAGAGCCCAAGGACCAACAACAGCUGGGCUGGUGUCAAGCACCACAGAAGCGGAGCCGUGUUUCUUGUUCAUCCCGACAUGCUCAGCAGUGGUGGUGCAGUCGUCACUCUGUGCUAUGUGCCCUCCGGGGGCGGGAGUUCAGACCUCAACAGCAGCACGAGUUGCGGCUCCAACGGAGCCUGCGUAGCUUUGCAGCAGGCAGACUCCCUGGAAUCCUCAAAGAGAGGGAGUUCUCUCUGGGGCGACUCAAUAAAGUGUUCGCUUCACAGUGGCUUAAUCAGCGGCAAGUGGUGUGUGGGACUAAGUGCAACACGCUUUUCAUUGUUGAUGUCCUGACAGGACAGAUAACACGCAUUCCGAUGCUGAAGGACAGGGAAGGUCAUGAUGGAAGCUCUGGGGUGAUAGGUGCACCAGUAGACGGGCAACAUUACCACCCACCAGUAAACCCUCGUGCACGUAUGGACCAGCAGGGAUGUGGGAUCCAUGCAAUAGAACUCAACCCCUCAAGAACACUGCUCGCUACAGGAGGAGACAACCCCAACAGCCUGGCCAUCUACCAGCUGCCUACGCUUGACCCCGUUUGUGUUGGAGAUGAUGGCCACAAUGACUGGAUUUUCUCCAUAGCAUGGAUCAGUGACAACAUGGCAGUUUCUGGGUCCAGAGAUGGCUCCAUGGGUUUGUGGGAGAUUACAGACGAGGUAAUGAGCCAGGCUGAGGGGAUUCAGAAUGACCAGACUGUACCCUCCUACGCACACAUCUCCCACCGUGCCCUCAAGGACAUCCCCAAGGAGUACACCAACCCGUACAACUGUAAAGUACGGGCCCUGGCCUUCAACAACAACCAUAAGGAAUUAGGUGCUGUGUCCUUGGAUGGAUAUUUUCACCUCUGGAAAGCAGAGCAUAACUUGUGCAAGAUACUGUCCACCAAGCUGCCUCACAGCAAAGAGAAUGUGUGUUUAGCGUAUGGGCAGGACUGGUCAGUGUAUGCUGUGGGUUCUCAAGCCCAUGUUUCCUUCCUGGAUCCUCGCCAGCCAACACACAACAUCAAGUCUGUUAAUUCCAGAGAAAGAGGAAGUGGGAUCCGUUCGGUGAGUUUCUAUGAGCAGAUAGUGACCGUGGGUACUGGCCAGGGUUCUCUUCUGUUCUAUGACAUCCGGGCUCAGAGAUUCCUGGAGAACCCUUUUAAUCCAGGCGGCGGGUAUCGGAAGUGCCCAGGCGAUGGCAUCCUUAAGCUUACUACUGGAAAAGGCUGGCUGAAUCAUGAUGAGACUUGGAGGAGUUACUUCUCAGACAUUCAUUCCUUUCCCAACGCUGUGUACACCCACUGCUACGACGACUCCGGCACCAAGCUGUUUGUAGCUGGUGGACCACUCUGUUCUGGCCUUCACGGCAACUACGCAGGACUAUGGAGUUAGCCUAUUCUUCUCCCCAAUCCCUCGCUCCAUCCGCAUCCAGACCUUCAAUUAUCCAGUCCUUCCAUUCCUCUCCUUCUUCAAAAUCAUUUGCGUCAUUGUCUUUGGUAUUCCUCUCUCUCAACAAACUUUCACUGUGUUUUGCUCACACUUGGACUCAGGAGCAUGAUCUUUCAUAACUUUCAGUAUUGUUAUAGUCCAUAUUUGUGUCCACUUUCACACAAUUCUUUCUCCCAGAUUAAUCCUUUGCACUUUUUUUUUUUUUUAAUCUAAAUGUACAAACAGUUAAUUAAUAACUUAAAGAGCUGCAAAGUCUGCCACUGAGGAACUCAGAAUUUCACAUAGGUAAUAAAAUAUACAAUUUUCACAUUAUUUAUACAUUUACAUCCAACUUGCAGGGAUAAAGUUGUGCUCUUGUGCUGGCUUUUUUUCCCUUUUUUUUGUACACGAGGAUAGCGUUAACUGCUGCUUCUUCUGUGAUAAAUGAGUGUCUUUGUGAAGAACUUGUGGAAUCAUUCCAAAAGUUUGUUUUAAUUUUCUUACUUUAAUAGGUGGUUUUAAGAAAACAACAACAAAGAGAGGAAGGCUUGAAGGAUUGAGGAUGAUUAGUUUAGGAGGACUGACCUGUGACUGACAGUUGACAGUAAAUAGUUACUGGUUGGACGGCCAGCAAGAAACGUCUAAAACUACUCCCUUCUCCUACCACAGGUAAAACAAGGAAGCUAAUCAAAAUAAGACUGUUCAUCUUACCCUCACUGAGAUAUCAUCAUAAAGAAACACUGAGACUGAUAAAUACAAUGUUGUAACGCUACCUUUUUUUUUUUUUUUUAAAGAUUGAUUUGACAGGCAUACUCCUCCUCAUAUUCCAGUUUAUUUGUAUUUAUUUUCACCCUUCCUUUUCAGUUUCAUUGAGUUGAUCAGGACUGUUUAUUUGCUUCUUUUGAAGGUGGUGGUGUGUAUUUGCCAAAGUCUCAUGUUCCUUUUCUGUUGGACCAGAACCAGAACUUUUCUUUGUCUAAAAGUAUGCUGUUGUCACUAAAAGGUUUGGUCCAAGAUUUUAGGUUUUGGUAGUAAAUUAUGCAUCAUUGAAUAUGAAGAUAAUAAAUACACAAGCCUUUAGUCACUGGACUAAAACUCCUCAAACAGGAACUGGAGAGAUUAUCCAUCUGAGCUCAGAUUGAUCUUCUCAGCUAAGAAGGAUGCAAGAAGAAAUAUGACUUAUAAUGAUCUUUUUUCACUCUACCCUGGAGUGAAAUACUACAGGCACAUUUCUUGUCACAGUUAAACAUUUCCCCCCUCUUUGAACCAAGGAGUGAGCAAUUUGCUCUUUUUCUUGAUUGGUAGAGGCAGGGUGGGCUUAAAUUAUCUUUUUUUGCCUCCUUGAAGUCUUUCUGUGAAAGACUGCCAAAGGCUAUCAUAAUUUUCCAUUUCUACAUGGAAUCUUUUCUCACAUUUCAAUGAUUGGAAAGAAAAAGAACUCAGACAACACAUUGAACAAAUUCACACUUUAAAGUGUAUUUUAUAUAGAAGUGUGCGUGUGUGCGCGUGUGUGUGUAUAUGUACGUGUAAAUUACAUAAAGACAAUUGCAUACAUGUAUAUGUCUGAGGAAGUGUGGAUUGAUAUGUUUACUUGGUGUGUUUCGUUUUCUUUUUCUUUUUUAAAUACACACCUCCUGAAUGUUUUUACAAAUGACUAAAACUGAGGAUGUUGUAAGAUAUUAACAUCUGGGGAAAAGAUAUAAUCCUUUAAAAGGAGUAAAUAAAAAUAAAAUGUAUAUUGAUGUAA